AUGGGUGCGCUGAUUUCGUUGCCAUUCUUUGGCUCUAUGGGUGCCGUGGCCACGAGUGCCCUCGCAGGCUGCGCGUUCUGCUUUACCAGUAAAGCAGCGAGCUUGGCUUUCAAGAGCUGCAACUGCAACUCGUCUAUUGCGACUCGUGUCGGGUUUGCACUCAUCUUCUCCCUCAACUCGUUGCUCGCAUGGUUGAUGAAGACGCCAUGGGCUGUAGAACAGAUCAAGAAACUCACUCUGAACUAUAUAUCCCUGUGUGAGACGGGUAAAUGUCAUGGUACAUUGGCCAUCCAUCGUAUUUGCUUUGCCCUAUCACUCUUUCAUUUUAUAUUGUCCGCAUCACUCAUCAACGUACGCUCGACUCGUACUCGCCGCGCCGAGAUCCAAAACGGUUGGUGGGGACCAAAGGUGCUUGUAUGGCUGCUGCUACUCGUGCUCUCUUUCCUCAUCCCAGACGGAUUCUUUGUCUUCUGGGGUAACUGGGUCGCCCUCGCAGGCGCGACAAUCUUCAUCCUGAUUGGUCUCGUCUUGCUUGUCGACUUUGCGCAUUCCUUCACCGAGAUGUGCCUGGAGAAGUGGGAGAGUUCUUCCUCCAACCUAUGGCAGUAUGUUCUCGUGGGGUCAACCUUUGGUCUUUAUGCCGCGACCAUUGCGCUCACGGGAAUCAUGUAUGCCUACUUUGCGGGCAGCGGCUGUACCUUAAAUCGAUUCUUCAUAACGUUUAACCUGAUUCUCGCCAUUCUCAUCACAAUCUUGUGCGUUUCUCCCGCCGUCCAAGAGGCAAAUCCAAAGUCCGGAUUGGCACAAGCGAGUAUGGUGGCAGCAUACUGUACAUACCUCGUCCUCAGUGCCGUCGGAAAUCACACUCAUGCCACCUGCAAUCCUCUCCACAAGAGCGCCGGCGCCACGCAGACCACCACCGUGAUCAUUGGAGGUGUCUUCACUUUUGUGGCUAUUGCAUAUUCCACGACCCGAGCCGCUACACAGUCCAAAGCCUUUUCUGCAGUUGGAAAGAAGAACGGCGCGAUUGCCCUGGAUGGAAACGAUUCUGGGGAGCUUGGAAUGACCUCUGGCCCGGCCGUCAUAACUACACAGCCGGCGCCAAAGAACACGCCACGUUAUCAAGCUCUUGUCGCCGCUGUUGAGGCAGGGGCCAUCCCGGCAUCGGCCCUCAACGACAGGUCUUUAUACGCAGAUGGUGAUGCCGACAGCGACGAUGAAGUAGACGUUGCUGUCGGAGAAGAAAGGGACGAUGAAAAGGUUGCGGUUCGAUAUAACUAUUCAUGGUUCCAUAUCAUCUUUGCGAUGGCGUCGAUGUAUGUUGCUAUGCUGCUCACUGAUUGGCACAUCAUCAAACACACCACCGCCGACGAUCCAAAGGAUGGCGAUUCAACGAUCUACAUUGGCCGUUCCGAUGUUGCCAUGUGGAUGAGGAUCAUAUCCAGUUGGAUCAGCGUCUUGCUCUACUCUUGGAGCUUGUUGGCACCCGUGUUGAUGCCAGAUAGAUUCGGCGAUUGGGACUAA